GGAAGCAGAUUCAGCAGAAUCCGGAACUGUAGAAGGACUUGUGCUGAUCGUUUAAUCGAAAGUAAAAAUGUCCACAGUGGAGUUUCUGAUAAACUUUGUCAACGAGCGGCUGUCUGCCGCCGUGGAUGAAAUUUUCACGGUGUUUGAAAACACGAUCGUCAAAUACGAGCAGGACAUCGAGCGGCAGCGCAGGCUGCUGGAGAGCUUCUGGAAGCCGGAGAUCAAGCUUCAGAGGAUCGACCACCCACAGCUCCACGUCACUGCAGCAGAGAAGGUUCUUCCUAAAAAGCGUCUCUGUAACCAGGAGAGGAACUGCAGCCUGAACCAGGAGGAACCAGGGCCUCCUCAUGUUAAACAAAAACACAAGAAACUGUUGUCCAAUCAGCAAGAACCAAAGCGUCCACAGAUCAAAGAACAGCACAAACUCAGGAGGGAGGGAGUGCAGUCGGCACUGAAGCGUCACACCGAGAGCUUUGUGGCGACUCCUGUUUAUGAGGAACAUAGAGAACAGGAACCAAACGAUGGCCAGAUUCUCUUUCACAGCUCCCCAAACUGGAGUCUGAUAGGAAGCAAGCACGUGAGGUCAGGAUCAGCCGCAAACGUGGACGAGAAACAAAGAAGGAAGCGCAGAAGAAAGGCCAAUGAAAGAAACUGUAGAAAACUCUCCCACGUCCAAGAGUCAGCAUAAAAAAGUCUGCAAAAUGUGAAGUGGGUAAAAAAAAACUUGUAUGAAAAAGUCCCAAAUGCUGAAGCUUCCCAGGAUCCGCACACGUGAAGCUGCACACGUGUGACACAUAGUUGUAGGUUGUAAACUGUCACUCCACACAAGAAGUUGUGUUCAAGCAAGAUUUGCACUAAAUGUCACAGAAAUACAGCAAACGUGUGUUUCAGGCUGCAAGAAAGCUGCACGAAUAUCUUUGGGGAAAAAUAUGUUUCGAAGUCAGUCACAAGCAUUUCAUACGUUUCAAAGAUUUUUAUUUGCAAAUAAACUGCUGAACGAGUCGGUGUUUGCAGAGACAACGUGUGCUGCAGCUCAGCUUCUGGGUCAAAUCCUGAUUGUUCCUGCUUUAUCACAGCUCCAGGAUCAGUUUGUGAGCUUCUGCUCUUCCACCUGCUUUUUAAGGUUUGACCAAACUAACUGUCAGUCGAUGACCAGCUGAACGUUUUCCAGCAUAUCACAAGAAAGUGAUACCAAGUCGCUCGGAGGAGAAUCAAAUGAACAUUUUGGAUCUGUGACCAGGAAACUCCUGGGAUUUACAUACAUUUGAUUUAUUUGGCAAUAAAAUUCUUUUAAAAGUGUGAAAUGUUCCCGAUGGUUCUCGAUUACAUCAUAAAAUCAUGUAAAA